UUUUGUACUUUAUUCAACCAGACAAGUUUUAUUAAUUGCUCCUGCACAAAUUAAGAGGUACUUCUAUAUUCUUCUAAUUGCAUGAACCAAUUGAUUUGAUUUGGUGGGUCCACUUUGAAUUUGAGCAUUGUUUAUUUAUUUGCAUUUUCCUAUUUGAUCCCAUUAUUGAUGGUAGAGAACUACAGAUCUCAUUUGACAAUUUUCCAUAUUAUUUAUGGUAGAAGCCUUCCGCACAACUGUAAUCUUUCCUGUAUAGUCAUUUUAUGUACUUAUUCUAUGUUCUAACAUCCACUGCAGAUCUCUUAUCAUAAUUCAGCUUUUGAGUAUGUUAGCAUAUUCCACAGUACUUUUGAACUUGAUAACUAGUUCUUAUAUAAGAUGUUGACUAGUUCCCUUCUUCUGCAAGAUAGUUACUUGGUUGGAUGCAUCGCAAGUUUCGGGCCAAUGAACCACUGAAGGAUUUUAGCGUAGGGAAUUCUUGUACUUGUCUUUCAGGGAAGCCAUCACUGGAUGACCAACAGUACUACCCAAAGUCAAAUUUUGGCACUAAAUCCUUAGGCAAAGCACAAAGAGACAACCAUCUGCAAAAAUCAUUUUCCAGCCUAGAAGCAGCAAGAGUAGAAGCAGACGACUUUGAAGAAGAAUCUUCAGUUGCGAUUUCCGAGCUCUUGCAUGGCUUCCUUACCAUAGGUACUCUUGGUUCAGACCCAGUCAGCACAGACUCAUCAACGCCAACAUUUGCCAUAUCAGUUGAGAACAUAACUGAAAAAGAAACAGAAGUAACAGAGAAUGAACUGAAGCUUAUUAAUGAUGAGUUGGAGAAGGUGCUAGGGACUGAAGGAGACGGUUGCAAUGACUCAUCUGGGGGAAACAGUCAUGUUAGUACUGGAAGAAACAGUUAUGUUAGUACUGGAAGAAGCAGCCAUGGUAGCACCAUUACACUUAGCGGAAAGCCAUUGGAAGGCACAGAGACCAGUGGAAAUGGAACAACAAUCUGUCCACUCCAGGGCUAUCUGUUUGGAUCAGCAAUUGAGUUGCCAGAAACAACCACAGUGGUAAAGAAGGAACAUAGAACAUCGCUUGGGGAGCUGUUUCAGAGGACAAAAAUAGCAGAGGAAAAUUAUGUAGCCAAAAGCGAGAGGGGAGAAAAACGGACAGAAAAGGAGACAGAUAAAUCAGCCAUACACCUCAUGAAAAAGAUGCUGAAGAAAAGAAUGGUUCAUGGUUCUUCUCGGAGCUCCACCACAUCGACUGGGGGAAAUGUUGACUCUGCUUCAUCUGAGACA